AUGCAGACAUUGCUUCGCCUUUCUUCUUCUGUCCACAUUCCCUCCAUUGCGGCCACCUCCAUGCCUUCUCUUCUUCUCUCCAAGAACCCCUCAACCCACUUGUUUUCUCUUUCUUCGCUCUCGCAUUAUUAUUCCCCACAUUUUCACACCAUGCCUUCUUCCGUACGGCUUUCUCAUUCCCUGGUGUUCUCGCUUACCAAGAAGCCCUUCCCUGUGAACUCUCCUAUUUCAUCUCGCUACUUCACCACUUUGGCGGGUUCAGGAAGUUUUGGUGCUUGUAGGUGCGUGGUUGAUGAUAGUAUGAGAGACAUUACGCAAGCAAGAGCCUGGGUUCUGCUUAAAGACGGUAUAAAGGGGACACGAACUUGGUCUUCUCUUUCUUCUGAUGUUGGUGAGAGUACGAGGGGUUCGGAGAAGUGUGGUAAUGGGGAUACUGAAGAAGUGUGUUGUGGUUCAGUGGCUUCUGAGGAGAAGCCCUUGAGAUUAAAUAGGCGACAGAAGGGUUUAUCCAGUAGCUUUGAGGCGUCACUAAAUCCUGAUUUACUGACUGUUCCAGGCGUGGGUCCGAGAAAUUUGAGAAAGCUUGUAAGGAAAGGGAUUGCUGGGGUUGUUGAGCUCAAGAAACUUUACAAAGACAAGUUCUUUGGAAAAUCUAGUGAUAAGAUGGUUGAAUAUCUUCAGAGUUCUGUGGGAAUCAUCCACAGGAACCAUGCUGAAAGUAUAACAACCUACAUCAAAAAGAGUGUGGAUGAAGAGUUGGAUGAUACCUCCUCCUUGCAGCUUCCACAAAAGAAACAGAUUACAUUCUGUGUUGAGGGUAAUAUCAGUGUUGGGAAGACUACUUUCCUUCAGAGAAUAGCUAAUGAAACAAUUGAAUUGCGUGACCUUGUUGAGGUGGUUCCUGAACCCAUUAACAAGUGGCAGGAUGUUGGAGCUGAUCACUUCAAUAUUUUGGAUGCUUUCUAUGCUGAGCCCCAACGGUAUGCUUACACGUUUCAGAACUAUGUAUUUGUUACCAGGGUUAUGCAGGAAAGAGAGUCAUCUGGUGGAAUGAAGCCUCUUCGAUUAAUGGAGAGGAGUGUUUUUAGUGACAGAAUGGUCUUUGUACGAGCUGUUCAUGAGGCUAAGUGGAUGAAUGAGAUGGAGAUUAGUAUUUAUGACUCGUGGUUCGAUCCUGUUGUGUCCUGCUUGCCUGGACUUAUUCCUGAUGGUUUUAUCUAUCUUAGGGCAAGUCCUGAUACUUGCCAUAAGAGAAUGAGGUUGAGGAGGAGGGAAGAGGAAGGUGGAGUCACAUUGGAUUAUCUCCGUGACCUCCAUGAAAAGCAUGAAAGCUGGUUAUACCCCUUCCAAAGCGGCAGUCGUGAAGUGUUAUCUGUGAGUAAGUUGCCUCUGCAUGUCGACAAUUCCUUGCAUCCUGCUAUAAGGGAGCGUGUGUUUUAUCUGGAGGGUGAUCGUAUGCAUUCAAGCCUUCAGAAGGUUCCUGCAUUAAUUCUGGACUGCGAACCCAAUAUUGAUUUCAGCAGAGACAUUGAGGCAAAAAGACAUUAUGCUCAUCAAGUUGCAGAGUUCUUUGAAUUUGUAAAGAAGAAGAAAGAAGCCCCAUUGGAUGAAGCUGGCCGAGGGGAGAAACACAGCCAGCCACAGAUGCUGCAACCCCAUAAAGAUGGCCUGUGGCUACCAGGCCGAGCACAAUUUCCUUCAUCGGCCCUGAAUCCACUGGACUUCCGGCCUGCAAGCUACGCAGGUCAUGUCUAGCUUGUUUGUCGUGAAGCAUACAAGUGGGCCAUGGAAUAUUCAGCUUCCUUCAACAUAUUGGUGAUCUUCUAAUGUUUCCCUAAUUUACAUGUGCUUGUUUUCCUUCAAUGUAAACAUUUCAGCUUCUGACCCUGACUAAUGUAAGAGAUAGUUGAAUGCUUGUUAAUACCAUGCUAGGAUGCUUCUUAGGUGUAGGUUGUAUUUCCUUGGUUGGAA